AUGGCGGGGCUGGCGUGGAAGUGGCCGCGUACCCGCCUGCCCGUGGGCGCCAGCGCCCUGGGCGUCUUCGUCCUGUGCUGGCUCUACGUGUUCCCCGUGUACCGGCUGCCCGACGAGAAGGAAAUCGUUCAGGGGGUGCUGCUGCAGCAGGGCAAGGCGUGGAGGAGGAACCAGACUGCGGUCGCCCUGUUCAGGAAGCUGCUGGAAGAAUGCUGUGACCCUGGGCAGCUCUUUGCUAUGACAAAGAUGAAUUCCCCCAUGGGAAAGAACCUCUGGUUUGACGGGGAAUUUUUAUAUUCUGUCACAAUUGACAAUGCAACUUACUCUCUCUUCCCACAGGCUACUCCGUUCCAGCUGCCUCUGAAGAAAUGUUCUGUGGUGGGAAACGGUGGGAUCCUGAAAAAGAGUGGCUGUGGCAAACAAAUAGAUGAAGCAGAUUUUGUCAUGCGGUGCAACCUUCCUCCUCUAUCCAGUGAAUACAGCAAGGAUGUUGGAUCCAAAACCCAACUGGUGACUGCAAAUCCCAGUAUAAUUCAGAAAAGGUUCCAGAAUCUGCUGUGGUCCCGAAAAGCCUUUGUGGACAGCGUGAAGGUCUAUAACCACAGCUACAUCUACAUGCCAGCCUUCUCCAUGAAAACAGGGACAGGACCCUCCCUCCGCGUCUACUACACCCUGGAGGAUUUCGGUGCCAAGCAGGCAGUCCUUUUUGCCAACCCCAACUUCCUGCGGGACAUCAGCAAGUUCUGGAAGAGCAAAGGUAUUCACGCCAAGCGCCUUUCCACGGGACUUUUCCUGGUCAGCGCUGCCCUUGGUCUGUGUGAGGAAGUAACAAUUUACGGCUUCUGGCCGUUCUCAGUGGACCUGCACGGCAAGUUUAUCAGCCAUCAUUACUAUGACAAUGUCCUGCCUGACUCCGGAUUCCAUGCCAUGCCGGAGGAAUUUCUACAGCUUUGGUUUCUUCAUAAAAGUGGGGUACUGAGAAUGCAGCUAGAACCAUGUGAGGACCCUCUAAUCCAGCCUUCAGCCUGAGAAUCAUAGGAAUCAAUUUGGGAGAUGCAGUAGUUUUUACUUUCCAUGCUCUCCAGCAGAGAGUUCUGUUUUAUGUCGGUUGUUUUUAAAGGGAUCUGCAUGGACCAUAAAAAUGCUACUUGAAGGCCAAAUGGAAUAUGUCCUUAUUUAGUGCUUUAUGGAACUGGGAGGGGAUGAAAUGUAUCUCUCCAUCAAGUCCAUUCAGCAGCAGUGGGAAAACAAUGUCAGAAGCAGCACAGCUGAACUUUCCAGGGACGUUUUUAAGUGACAAGUGUAAAAAGGGCAUUAAGGCUCAGAGAGUCACCAGGCCACUCAUAAGCUUUUGCUAACAGUGCCAAAUAUGACUAUCUGUUCCAAAUUCCAUUUCAUUCCAGAUCAGCACCCUGUAGAACUUUCCUUUCUCCUUGCUUAUUUCCUCUGUUUGUGUGUGUGUAGGACAGCAUGUGUGUGUCAUUGAAUCUUUGUUUAUUUUCCUUUUAUUCUUUUUUUUUUUUUUUAAAUGUGUCACUCCCCCUCCCCCCAAGAGGAAGGGGAAGGAAGGGCUUAAAAGCCCAAGGAGCUGAGUACCAUCAGCUCUCUGAAGACUCUUGGGACAGUGCUAAGGUGCUAAGAAUCUGGUUAGAAUGUCAUAGGAAUGCCUUGCUACUGGGGAUGGAUAGACCUAUGUGUUGUAGGUUUUAUCAGGAUAGUUCAGGUCAUUGCACUCACAGCUAUGCCAGUGCUGUACUGUGGGCAAGAGCUGGUUAAGCAAACUGGUCUGAAAAGAAAACAUGUUAUAAAACCAGCAGUGAAGUGCAGCCUGAUUUCAGUGACCUGCUGCAAGAUUUCCACAGUGACUUUCAUAGCAGGGAUGGUUCCUGACCUGUUUUGCUGUCCAGCCUUAGGGAUUAAUUCUGUAUUCAUUUGGACUCCAGAUGUUCAUGGACUGUUGAGGGUAUUUGAAGGGUUCAGUGGAAUGCAGAAUGAGGUUCUUCAUGUGCUUAUAGGAAAAUUACAGAAAUGAAUGUGUCAUUUAAAAUUAGUCAAAGCUUCAAAAAUUGUUUCUCUGUGUGUGACUUGCUCUUCUGCUUGGAUUGUAACGUUAGCCUUAAAGACUUGUACUUCUCACAUGAGAUUGUCUCUGCUUAAAGAGAGUCUGGGAAAUAAAACAGCCUUUGGGAGCACUGAAAAGCUGCAGAGCCAGCAUGAAAAAGGAAAAAAUAGAAGGGCAUGCCUGAUGUAAGGCAGCCCUGCUCAUAGUGGUGAAUUCUGUCAGUGUGCACAGUGCCUGAAGGACUGUUUUAUUUUGGGUUUUACUUGGGCAGCAGAUGGUCCUCUCACCAUGGUAAUGACAAAUUGUUUUGUUUGUUUGCUUUGGUUUAGUGCUGAAGGACAAGAGGAGAAUCCCAGCUCAGUCUGCAGUGUAAUUUAAUCUGCAAGAUGUUACCACCAUUAACUUGAAAAAUCCAUAUCACUGUUCUCUUUCUUAUUACUGAAAAUCUAGUCAAGGUGUUGGAACAACAAAACUGUCAUCAACUUUCCACAAGAAUUUCCUGUGCUGUUCUAUCUCCGAAGUUCUAUUAUUUGGGGGGAUGUGUUUUCUCAAGUGUUAAGGUCUCUCCUUGUACACUACCAGCUGCAAAUUCUGUAGAUAUAAACAAUUUUUUAAAAAAGCUAAAUCCAUGGCUCUUCCUUAAAUAUGAAUAGUUCAAUUCUUUGUGUAGGAAACUGGGGGAAAAAUAGUCAUGUUUUUCUUUUUAAACCUAUGUUUCAUAAUAAAAAUUUUCUUUUGGAAUAUGGAUAUUCCAAGCAUAAAGUGGGCACUGUUUCAUAGGAUUACAGGGCAAUGCUAAAGGGUAAUGUGGGGAUUUUUGAGUUUUAGUUAGUGUUCUGAUAGAAUCUGAAUGUACCUCAUAGCCCAUGUUGUCUUUUUCCAUGCUUUAAUUGAAAGUACAGUCAGCACACUGAUGGAACAUCACUUGAUAAAUAAUUUAAUUUCAUUAGUGCAUUAUCUAUGAUGGGGGGACUCGGUGAGGAAGGAUUUAAAAGUAAAAUAUUUUCCUUACUGCUUGUUGUGGCAGGAUUUGACUGAGCUGCCUUUCUUGGAGACAAAGAGGUGCCUGAUUGGUUUUUAUUGAGUGCAUCAAGUUUGCGCUUUUUAGUGCUUUAUAGAUUUCAUUAUCUGUGGAAACAACAAUUGGAAUAUGAUGUACUAAAAAAGGCACUUCAGCAGGAUGCCAGCAUUUCCUUGUGAGGGAACCAGGAGAGUAGGGGGAACUGCCUCUUUGCUGGUCAUUUUUUGGUAUCUUUACCAGUACUUAGAAAUUUACUUCUGAACCUCUCUUACAGCUCUCCAACCCCUUUGUAAUUAUGUGUUCCAUGUGUUGGGAAAAUAAUGGGAUAAGAAGAAAAAGCAUUUUUAUACGAAAACUCUGUCCAGUGUUUCAUAAGAUCUGGCUUGUUCAUGUUAAACCAGUGCCCUGGAUAUCUGGAGGUGUUGUAUUCCCCACCUCUGUAAGACUCAGCCUGAGGCCUUCUGGUGUCUGCAGUCCUGAUGUUUGCUAGGAGAUAACUACCAAGGAAUUACAGGAGCAGGAGAGACCCAGUCUGUGUGUGAUGUGUGGUUGAUACUGGAGAAAUCUAUAAUUCUGGCUCUGUUCACAUUUAUAUAUAGUGAGUAAAACUGGCAUACACAGUACAAAGGCAACCACAUUCGAUGAGCAAGUAAUGGCUUCAAGAGUAAACAAUUUUCUUUAACUUCCAGAAAACUGGAAAUUGAUAAAAGGAGAGAAACAAAAAUAAAUGCCACUUUUGGGAGGCAAAAUCUGGUUUAGCUGACUUGCCAGUCCAUGGAAACACAAACCAAGAAUCAGCCUUUUGCCCAGCAGGUAAAAAGGGAUGCAGGAGAGCACUGCAAGUCUUUCAUGGCCAGAACAGUCAGAAAGACAAAACCAAGCAGCUGGGAGCAUAAGAGUGGCUGUUACCUGACAGAAAUGUUGGGAGUGAAGGCUCUCCAUCCAUGUGGGUUGUGGAUCUCGCCUUGUGGAUGUCUCAGAAGAGGGCAAUUCAUGUGUAGGAUCACUCAUAUGAAAUACAGCAUUGCAUGGAAGGGCCUGAGAGUUUAUCCACUUUUGGGAGAGAGGUCUUUUCUAGUGUUGCUAUAUUUUUAGUGAAGUCUUUUGAAAUCUUUAUUAGUGAAAUUCCCUCCUGCAGCACUUCUAUUUUCACUGCCAGUCCCUGAAUUUCCCUGAUAGUGUAGCUAAAGCUGCACAAAUCUGCCAGGUUGAAAGCUACUGCAGUUCAUCUUCAAAAAAAAUACUGGUUCAGACUGGCCAAAUGAUUUGUUAAUAUUCAUAGUUACUGAUUUUAUCAUAGAGCUGACAAGGGACAGAAAUGCUGGAAUAUUGCUCUACCUGCAUAGGAAUCAUUGUCCCAUGUUUGUAAGGAGAAUAAAUUAAAUACCUUUACAAGAAAGGUAUGCACUGAAAUCCCUCUUGAUACAAUCUUUUUGGGGCUGUUUAUGUUCUUGAGGAAAUCAAGACCAAUUUUUGAGCUUCUGACAAAACUAUAAAACUUUCCCUCUUUGUUGAUUAGGAAGCCUAUUGGAGCUCUUUCUAGAUCAGACAAGCAAAACAGCAACCAGCAAAGCAAAAUCCUAGAGAAGGGAUUGAGAGGUGUGCUCAUGAGAAUAAAAACAUCUCUAAUUUUGGCACAGACUUUGUUACAGUGCUAAGAACUCUUGCUUAUGAAUUUUGUAUUUUUAUAUUUUUGGUGGAAUGAAGAUAACAAGUUUGGUGUGAGGCAGCUAGUAAAGUCAAAGGUCUAAGCCUUUGGAAAUACGGAAAUAUUUGGGGUUUUUUUGACUACUUUCAUCUUUUUGUUAUUUUUCUCAAAAUUCAUGUUGUUAUCUAGGCAGCUGAGUUAGCACCUCUGUGAGAGCUGAAACUAAGCAAAGCAUCUUCUUUUUGGAACUCAGUGUCCUGAAAUGUGGUACUUAUGGAAAACCAUUCCUGGAAACAGCUUCCUGAAUACUAACUUAAUAUCGAGCUCACCCUUGCCCUUAAGGCCUAAGGGAACUUUUGAUCUAGAAGUGAGGAAAAUGAAGGAGGUGACAGCAAUCUCACCAUUUGCUGCCUCUCUGAUUCUUCUUCAGCUUAAUAGAUUAGUAAGUGUUGGAAGAAGUCCAGGUAAUAGGAAGGACAAGCUGUUCUUUCCUGUCACUCACAUCAUAACACAGAUAUAAAAUGAAUUAACCAGCCACCAUCUUGAACCAUGGCCUCCUUCAAAAACUCAUAUGGUGGAGUUUGCAUUAGCUGAUACUUCCAAGUAAGCAAAAUUCAUCAGGCUUUGUCCAGAAAUGCUUAUUCCCCACCUCCAUGACUGUUUCAGGGGUAUUCUGGGUACUGUAGCUGUCCUAGUGUGCAGUGACCUCCUCUUAACAUGGACUUCUGUUUCUGCCCCUAGCCAUCGUCCUAAAGGAUCUGUCUUCGCUGUCCUUCCAGAUCACCAUUCCCUUUGGGGAUAGAAGUGUGAUUUUUAAAAAUCCAGCCAUAAGGCAGCUAGUAUGUUUUGUUGUUUGAACAAGCUUUUCUUUUAAACUGCUGACAUAUCCACUAAGAGUUCAAAAUAACUCCAAGUAAAAAAAACCAAAUCAGUUUCAGCCAGGUGUUGGUAAUUCCCUCACUGGAGAAGAGAAAGAGGAUAGAAGAAGGAUAUGUUUUUCAGUGCAAUCGUUGUAAAAUAAUAUCUGUGUCCUUGAAUUUCCAUGUUUUAGCUUUUGGAAUCUAUCAUAUGUUUGACUUUUUUGUAGUUUCUGAACAGAACAAUUAGUAAAAGACUUGGAGUUCUUUCUAUUAAAUAUUAACAAAUUUGUUUCCGUAAGUGGAAUGCAAAGAGCCAACAUGAGGCUUAACCUCCUAUGCUCUCUGGCUGAUAAUUUUUUGGCAGCAGUGAGAAUUUAAACAGCUACUCAUUCUUCCCUGAUUAUUCAUUUCCAUCAGUUUUUAUUGCAGCAGGCUGAGCCCUCGUGUAUUCAGGCUCUUCAGCUUAAUGCAUGUGCUUUAGAAUGAAUUCCACUCUGCUUUUCAACUGUUAUGGUGGGGGUAAAAAGAGUGUUGCUAAUUGAAAAUGCUUGGUUGAGUGCAGCCAGGAGAGAGGCACUGCCAGAUUCAGGCUUCUUCUGACCAUUCUGAAUUCUCUGCAAGACUGUGAAAACACUCCAGCUGUGGCUGUGAGGCUCAGCUGUGCAAGACAGAGCAGGAGCUGGAGCUUUUUCCCUGGUGGAAAAGGCUGAUUGCUCCUUGUGGCCACUGCUGUGGCUUUGCCCAGUGCCCACCUGACUGGGCUCAGGACCAGGGGAUGCAGUUCCAUGACCAGCUUGUGAUCCCAGAUAAUUACCCAUGGCACGUUAAACCCUGUCCUGCUUCACAGUCAGGAGUUCUGGGCUUACUGGAAAUGAUGGUAGCUCAUCCCUUUGGAGACAAGCUGCUUCUAGCAGCACUUGAAAUCCCUGGCAAGUCUCAGGAAGGCCUAUUAAAGCUGCAUUUUUAAUUAUUGACUGUGUACUCCCUCUGCUGUGGAGGGGGUCAGCUUUCUGCUGAGAUGAAUAUUUAUCCUGUCUGGGACCCUCUAAGGCAAGGGAACCUUUAGCACUCCAACCAUGUGGAAUUUACUGUGUUAUUUGAUAUCUUCACCUACCAAGUUAAACCCUUUUUCCCUCCCCCUUUGUCCUGGAUUUAACUCCUGUGAGUGAAUCCAGAGUGAGUUAAAAAAAGCAGCGCCACUAGGAAUUGUUCUCUGGGUUUAUGAAUUAGAUGGUGUUCAGUAAAACACUGGAGUGCCUUUUGGACAGUUCCUUCUGAUUUCUAAUUGUAUAUUCAAUUAAUUGUUUCAGUCAGAUGGGACCCAUAGCAGAGAUGAGUUGCAUCAUUUUCUGUUUACUGGAAGAAAACAAUUACAGAAUUACAUUUCAAGCUGAAUUCUUACCAACAACUUAAGGGAUCUUCCUUCUGCAGGCAGCUUUGUUAUUGUGUGAUUAUCUUGAUAUUAAAUGAAAAUUCUUCACUGAAAAUAAAUGUAUAAUCUGGAGUACCGAGACACCAAUUUGUCUCUACUCAGAUAUCUCCAACAAAGAAUUUGGUGUUCUGCAAAAGUGCCAUAAUCACAACUUUUUUUUCUUCUGUGCAUAUGGUUUUUUAGGAAAUGCUUGAUUUUUUAUUUUUAUUUUUUUUAUAAACCCUCCAUGUGCUGAAAAUAAACACUCCUUCUUCAGGAACACAAGUUUCUUUUUGGGUAGCCAUCGUACGCAGAGUAAAACUUCCAGAAGAUAAUCCAGUUUUCAGGAAAAUGCUCGUUUGGAGUAGUCUGGCAGGACUCCUUUGAGCAUGUGACUCCUGCCUCUUGAGCUGUGAAGUUUGGGCAGAUGAUACAGAGUGUGCUGCACUGACAGGAAAAAAAAAAAAAAAAAGAUAUUUUAGCCACAGCCUCUGCCUGUUUGAUGUCUCCCACUGCUGAAUGAUAUUUCUUCGUUCUGUGAAGGCCCUGCAAGGACUCUGAUCGUACAUAUCAAUCAUGUUGACUGGUUUUAAAGGCCUGGACUUUGUAUUGAAAACUAAAUGAGCAUGGAGAUGCCUGGAAAUUAUGUCCUUCAGUGUAUUAUCAUUUGGACACUGCAUGGUUUGGCCUGUUACAAAACAUAUACAUAAAAAUAAUUUUAUCUGAGUAUUCAAAAGCCAUCUUGAGUAUGAGACUUGCAUAUCACUGGAAGGUGACUUCCUGAUGCUGCAGAGUGCAAAAACCACUGUGGUUUUAUUUCUAUCAAUAAUGAAAUGCCCAUUGAAGUAAUACUGGAUUAAGUCAGCUUUCAGUGCUCUUGAAACUACCACUCCAUAAGCAUUUCCAAUAAAUGUUCCAUGCAAAGGCAGAAACAGGAGAUUUUUUUUCUUGUUCAUACAUGUCACCUUGCAUUGAAAAUGGAGCAGAAAGUCAGUCAGAGCUCUCAGCCUUUUCAGAGGUCUCUAGAGACUCCCUAAAUAAUACAUAGGCACACAGUUACACAAAUAUAAGAAAAAUAGCCUGAAGUUUAUACUCAGAUGCUGGUUAGUAUCUUGAAGAAUUACUUUAAAAUCAUUUAGAGGAAAAAAACUGCAAAAAUUUUUCAUGUGAAAAAUAUCCCCUAUUUUUUUUUUCUCCUAAAAUGCACUAAAAACUAAAGAAACCAUGCUAAAAGAUAUGUGAAUUUCUCCUGGUUUCCAGCUUAUUCUGACUUCUAGCUUUGUAUUCAAGUCCAUACUUCUGCAAAGCUUCCAAUUCUAGAUUGUCCCAUAGACCUAAAAAAACACC